GGUGCCUCAAGUUUGAUCUGUGAGCAACAUGAGGAUAGUGCUACCCUUGCAGUGACUUUUGCCGUUCUCCGCUCCUGCAUGUUGCAGAUUCUCAAUUUCUGUCGUUGUCUACUCGGACACUUUGCUUCGUACCACUCAGAGCAGUCGUCUCUUCGGUUCUGCGCACCGUCACAGAAUAAUGUUCAUUAUGACGGGCUGGAGAGCAAUACAACUUGCGCUACAGAUUCAUAAGCGAAAUCACCACUCAGUCGGAAUAAUUGGUGCUCCGUUUUCGAAAGGUCAGCCAAGGGAUGGUGUGGAGAGGGGACCGGAUCUUAUUCGCUCUGCUGGAUUGGUGGAGAAGCUUAAAGGGCAAGGAUGUUCAGUCAAGGAUUACGGGAAUCUGGAAUUUGAGAGUGUGUCCAAUGAUGAGCCCGUGGGAAAGGUGAAGAGACCUCGGGCCGUGGGCCGGGCCAACGAGAAGCUCGCUGGAGCGGUACACGCGAUCAAGAAGGACGGCCACACCUGUGCGCUGCUGGGAGGUGAUCACAGUCUGGCAAUCGGCUCAAUCCUGGGACACGCGGCGGCACAGCGGGACCUGUGUGUGGUGUGGGUGGAUGCCCAUGCGGACAUCAACACCCCUCUGACCAGCCCAACGGGCAACAUCCAUGGGCAGCCCGUGUCCUACCUUGUCAGGGAGCUGCAGUCCAAGAUCCCAGUGAUGCCAGGAUUCUCUUGGAUAAAGCCCUGCAUUUCAGCUCAAGACAUUGUUUACAUUGGCCUGAGAGAUGUGGACCCAGAGGAACACUAUAUCCUGAAGUACCUGGGGAUCAAAACCUUCUCAAUGACAGAGGUAGAUCACCUGGGAAUUGCUAAAGUGAUGGAAGAGACAUGUGACCACAUAUUUUCCAAAGUGAAGAGGCCUAUCCACCUUAGCUAUGACAUUGAUGCCCUGGACCCCUCAGUGUCUCCUGCAACGGGGACCCCUGUGGUGGGAGGACUGACCUACAGAGAAGGAAUCUACAUCGCUGAGAAGAUCUGUCAAACAGGUCUCCUGUCAGCUGUAGACAUGGUGGAGGUGAACCCGAAGAGGGGCAGGACCGAGGACGAGAUCAGCUCCACUGUGAAAGCCGCUGUCGACGUGCUGCUGGCCUGUUUCGGCCGGGUUCGAGAGGGGAACCACUCCCCAGACUAUCGCAUGCCCCAGCCUUGAGCAAUGGACGACAAAACACCCAUCUCUUCACCUCAAAAUGUGCCCCCUUUUUCUCUUAACAAGCUGUUGAAACUCUUUUGUACUGAAUAUCACACAUUGCUUAUACAUCAUGGAA